GAACGAAGUCCAUUUUCCUUGUGACUGCACUCUUCAGAGUUUCCAAACAUGGACGACUUCCAGAUGCCCACCCCUGAUCCCAACCCAGAAAUCAAGUACACUCAGAUUUUCAUCAAUAACGAGUUUGUGAACUCUGUGAGCGGGAAGACGUUUCCUACCAUCAACCCGGCCACAAGGGAGAAGAUCUGUGAUGUACAGGAGGCAGAGAAGGCAGACGUCGACAAGGCUGUGGCGGCCGCGCGGGCAGCGUUUCAACUGGGGUCCCCCUGGCGGAACAUGGAUGCAUCGCAGCGUGGGAGGCUCCUCUUGAAGCUGGCGGGGUUGAUGCAGAGGGAUGGUUCAUACCUAGCCAGCCUGGAGACGCUUGACAACGGCAAGCCGUUCGUCCACUCGUACUUUGCAGACGUGCUGGGCCCCAUCAAGGACCUGACGUACUUUGCCGGCUGGUGUGACAAGAUCACGGGCAAGACCAUCCCUGUUGACGGCCCGUAUUUUACCUACACCCGCCUUGAGCCCAUCGGUGUCUGUGGAGGAAUCAUUCCUUGGAACUUCCCCAUCAACAUGUUCAUUUGGAAGUUGGCUACCGCGCUGGCUGCCGGGAACACCGUGGUGAUCAAGCCGGCCGAACAGACGCCUCUCACCGCCCUCUACCUGGCAUCACUCAUCAAGGAGGCGGGUUUCCCCCCGGGUGUAGUGAACGUGCUGCCCGGGUACGGUCCCACCUGCGGCGCGCACAUCGUGGAGCACAUGGACGUGGACAAGAUCGCCUUCACGGGGUCUACAGAGGUCGGGAAGAUCAUCCAGGCAGCGGCCGGUAAGAGUAACUUGAAGCGGGUUUCCCUGGAGCUGGGCGGGAAGAGUCCGCUCAUUGUGUUCUCUGAUGCUGACCUGGACACCGCAGUUGAGGAGGCCCACACGUCGGCAUUCUUUAACCAGGGCCAGGUGUGCAUCGCCGGGACCCGCACGUUUGUGCAGGAGAGCGUGUACGACGACUUCGUCAAGCGCAGCGUCGAGCGCGUCAAGAAGAGAACAGUCGGCAACCCGUUCGAUAUGACAACUCAGCACGGACCACAGGUUGACAAAGACAUGUUUGACAAGGUUAUGCGGCUUAUCGAGAGUGGAAAGCAGCAAGGCGCCAAUCUGCAAUAUGGCGGCAGUCGUCAUGGCGACAAGGGUUUCUUCAUCCAGCCCACCGUGUUCUCUGAGGUUCAGGACGACAUGACCAUCGCAAAGGAGGAGAUAUUUGGACCCGUCAUGAGCAUAUUCAAGUUCAAGGACAUCAGCGAGGUGAUUGACCGAGCGAACAACACCACCUACGGGCUGGCGGCUUACGUCUUCACCAAGGACAUUGACAAGGCGCUGACUAUCGCCAACUCCGUACAGGCUGGGGCGGUCAGCGUGAAUUGUUUCAACCCAAUAUCAAUCCAGGCCCCGUUCGGAGGCUUCAAACAGUCCGGAAACGGCAGAGAGCUGGGCGAAUAUGGGGUUCACGAGUACUGUGAAGUGAAAACGGUAACCGUCAAGUUGUCCCACAAGAUGUGAACAUAUGGCAGGAUCAGGCUCUGCAGAUCGGACCACCCCCAUACACACCCUUGCGUCAGCCCGUGUGUCGUCCUUAAUCACACAGUUACCACAUCAUAACCAACAUUUGGCCCUGCGUUAUGGGACUCCCGUCCAUGGUCCAGGAAUACAACGUUACGACUUCUCAAUAGAAAUAAAGUGCUUUCCCUAUCGAAGAUAACGUUCCUGCUUCAUUCCGUUAUGAUGUGUACAAUAAUUCACUGUUAAAGAAUAAAUUACUGAAGCUAUUGAAACAGA